AGAAAAUCUAGUUAUUUGACAAAACGUGGCUACAAAUUUUAAAAUAUUGUGUUGCUAUUUUCAUAUUUUUUUUUCGAAAUAUUUGUAUUAUUAAGAAAUGCAUUUUUAAAAAGUAUAUGUGUAUAUAUAUUGUACCAGACCCCUGGGUCUGAGUGUAUAUGCCAAGUUUUAAGCCUCUAGUUUGAGAGGGCGUGGACAGACAGCAUGACGAGCAUUGUGCAAAACGAAUACACCCUUCAACCUUCGCACCCUGCCAAUGUGCCAGUGACGUCAGCAGGAGCAGCAUCAUCAUCACUAUGGCAGAGACAAACAGCAAUGCGCAGCAGGCAAUGAUGAGCAGUGGGAACAACAACAACAACCACAACAGCAGUGAAUUCAAUGGUCGUCACUCGGCCUCUCCGGCACGGACCAUAGAUUCGCACGAUUCCACAACCGGCAGCAUGGACACAAUUGUGGACCGCAGUCUUGGCCGCAAGGAGCUGAUGCAUGUGACCAACACCAUUGAGCAGAGCUCCAAUGCGACCAAUGCGAUCAAUGCCGGCGGCGGCAGUUUGACCAACUCACAAAUAGCAAUGAUCCAGCAGGAUUCACAACAUCAACAGCAGCAGCAGCAGCGGCAGGAACAGGAGCAACAGGAGCAGGAUGCACGCCAGCACUUGGAUGCACAGAGUCACAUAUAUUCGAGUCCCGUUUACGAUGAGAAGCCAUCGCCAGCUUUAAAUCUAGCUGCGCCGACAUUAAUGGCCAGUGGAAAAGUUGACGCCACCAAGGAGCCAAAACUGAUUAGCCACGAGGAGUUCAAGCAGCAGCUGGAGUUGGCCAUGGCCAGCCGGGGCCAGGCCAAGAGUGUUAACAACACCAUCGAUUCACGCAUCAGCAAGAAGCAGCGCUUCCCCCCAGAGCUCAUCAAAUACAAGGGGGGCAGCGGUGGCAGCGGAGGCAGCAUCGAUAGCAAGGUGCGCCGCAAGCGUCGGGCAAGCAAUGAAUGCUGCUCCGCAUUCCCAUUGCAAAUCGUGCUGGGCACAUUGCAAUUGUUUUUGGCCAUUUCGCUGACGGCGCUCGGCUCGCUGCUAAUAGUCCGCGACGCGGCCUUGUCAAUGGCCGGCUGCGGAAUUUGGACCGGUCUAAUUGCGGCAGUCACCGGCUCACUGGGCGUGGUCAGCAUGCGAAAAACGCAAACCGCCUUUCUCGCGCUCAGCCUGGUUUGCAUUGCUAGCAGCACGCUCGCCCUGGCCAUUUCUGGCGUGGGCCUGUCCCGCGAUCUCAAUCGCAUGGCCGAGCAAAAGGGUGAACAGUUUGACCUGAUGAAUGCCAAUAGCGAAGUUUCAGCUGCCUGUGGUUUGAUUUUUGCCCUCUUUCUGCAUUUCGUGGUCAGCAUUGUUUCCGUUUAUCGCUGUGCCCUGCAGACCUGCACAAAAUCGCAACACAGUGAAUUGAACGAUGUCAUUAUCAAAACAAACCCAUCAGCAAGCAUCGCUUUGGAUCAGCAAAGGGUGGAUCAAUACAUAAAGAAUAUGUCCUUCAAUGGCAGCGAAAAAGCAAACAACGAAAAACUGGCGGCCAUGUGGAUGUAUGCCAGGCAAAUGGGCAGCCUGCCCCCAGCAUCACUCCGCAAGCUGACGCCAGACUCGCGUUCCAUAAUGCUCAUCCCAGCCACAGCUGCCGGUAAUGGGUUGCCACCACCGCCACCCAGCCGCAUGCCACCGGCUCCGCCGGGAAUGGGAGGAAUGCUGUUGCCAGUACCGCCGCCGCCUCCACCACAGUAUGUGCCGUACAUCCGGCCGGGUUCCGUGGUCUAUGCGCAUCCGGCCAGCCUCACGGGCACCUACCGGACGCACCGGAGCAACAAGUCGGCCGAAAUGAACGGAGAGCGUCGGCGUCGUCGAGCCGGAAAAUUGAAUGUAAAUCGCUGCCAGCGUCGCAAGUCCGAGGCGGAUGUGCUCGAUGGGGCGCCCAAUUUCCGGUACACGGGCCUUGAUCGCGCAAUUGCGGACAGCUUCCUGGCCCGGCAGGAGCUGUCGCAGGCGGGCAGCCACAUGGACUACUCCUCGUCGACGUCCUCCUCGGCGCACAGUGAGAUCUACGGCCAGCAGGCUGCCGCUGUAGCUGCUGGCGCCCCCGCCGCCGGCUCGCGACCCUCUUCCAAGGCGAAGAUCGUCUGCCGCGAUGUAAUGAUGUAAUCGGCUGAUGCUGCUCUUGAUGUAAUCGGUUGAUGAACCCUAGUUGAAUCCCUGACGCGUUGCUCGGUAAUUUUUGUAAAUAGCUUACCAGAGGAAAGAACACCCUUAUUUUUUUGUUUGUACUCAUGUAUAUUUGUUGCAUACAUUUGUAUGUAUGUAAAUACAGUUAGUUGUAGGUCUGUUUGCAUAUGAAUCGAAUAAAGAACACUCUUACAAAAUAAA